CCGUCAGGACCAGAUGGUCCAGACAUGAGCCCUAGUCAUUUCCCAAAGGCAUUGCACCACCACUAUGACUCCCCCCUCCUCUUUGUCCUCCCCUCUUCCACCUCCUCCUCUGGUGUCAGAGGCCCAGCACAAUGGCUGUCCUCCCCUCCUCUCUGACGCGCCGGGCGCAUAUAAAUAGGCGGCUCUCCAGCCUCUGCUCCACACUUCAGCUCAGCAGCCCUCAGUGCAAGCAUCCUCCACCACACAGCACAAGAACAAGAACAAGAAGCAAACAACAUGAGUCCCAGCAUCAUCACCGAGGCCAGCCAGCCUCUGCACGCCAGGUCCACCGUGGCCCAGAGAAAACAGGCCAAUGAACUGAGAAAGACUUUGAAACCACUGUUGGAGAAGAGAAGACGAGCUCGCAUUAAUGACAGUCUGAGUCAUUUGAAGAGCCUGAUCCUGCCUCUGGUUGGCAAAGACAACGCACGGUACUCCAAGCUGGAGAAAGCUGACAUUCUGGAGAUGACUGUCCGCUUUCUCAGAGAUCUUCCUGCUACUCCAGCCAAAGACCCUGCAGACAGUUACAGAGAAGGCUACAAAGCCUGUCUACAGCGCGUCUCCGCUCUGCUGCCCAAAUCCAGCCUGGAUCAGGACGCGUGCCAACGGGUGAACGACUUCAUCCAGCAGUCCGCCUCCACCACCGUCACCCCGACCUGCCUGAAUUGCUGCGGACAGAGCUCCAGAACGUUCCCACAGGUCCAACAGAGACUCCAGAGCCUGAGAUCCAGCAUCACCUCCACACUGGAGAACCAGCCCCGCAGCAACAGCAGCAGCAACAGUGCAACCAGUAGAGCACAGCCGGUCCCACAACCUGUUAACGCCACCAUGUGGAGACCCUGGUAGAUUAGAAUGUAAUAGAUCUAAAUGUUUUAUUGUGUAUUUUUAUCUCCUGAUGUGACGGUUUAGAUGCUGUAUUUGAUGUUUAUUACCUUAAAUCAACAUUUUGCUGAUUUUGCUUUUAAUGCCAAGACUGGCACACGAGCACAGAUCCUUAAGAAGCUGUAAAGUCUGUGAACUUUUCUGCACGCAAUCCUCUUUGGGGUGUCAAAGUUAUGGGUUGUAGACAAAACUUUUGUAAAACCCCAAGGGUUAUUAUUUUUAUUUGAGGUUUGCACGAUACGACUUAAAAGUAUUUGGUCUGUGCAACAAUUAGUCUGUAAACACUGUGUGUUAAAUAGAUUUUUAAAAAAUCUCCUCCGAAGAAAAAAAUGUUUUUGAUAAAAGUGUUUUGUAUAUGAGUGUGCAUUCAAAAUAAAUUCUGACUCGAUUGAACAUCGUUGUGUUGCUUGAUCUUUUGCCAUCAUUUUAUGGGGAACUCCCUGGUCGUAAAUGAGCCAUAAACGCCUCACAGGUAUGACUAAAGCAGAAAGUUUGAAAAAGAAGACUCUCAUGAUUAUGAAUGGAACAAAAAAGGCGCGCAGACCCAUAAAGUCACAGGUCACCCACGGCCCAUUGAUGCUGCAGAGCAGCUGCUCCAUUGUUGCUGCUUCUCUGCCGCCAAAAUGGUGGGAAGAAGUUGGGCUAGCCAUUAUUAAAUAUAUGGUUCGUUCCAGGUCUAUGUGUUAGAGGUAGAUAUUAGUGUAACAGAAGAAACAUUAUGAGUAAUAGCUCCUACACAAAAUUGCAUAUUGAGUAAUGAGAAAACGUCACACACAUUUUUGGAUCAUGACCUCCGAUCACCCUAACACUAUUCAAAACGUCUUGGAGCAUCAUAAGCCAACUGACUGUGGUAUUGUCAAAUAAAAACCUCACUUUACUUUUGGGUUGGGGUUCAGGUCGACUGUGAGUGUGGACUACUUUCUUCUUUUCAGCUGCACGACGAUGAUUCUUUAUGACGUUUAGAAACGUGGUAAAGUGGAGACAGAACAGGACCACUUCUAAAUAUUUUACUAUUGGCAACAAACAAGUUACAAAAAACGCCCCCAAACUCUGUGUAAUAUUGAAAUGACAGAGAUCAUUGACUCUAUAUCUGGUGAAUAUGGUUAACUGUCGAUAUAAAUGACUAAAUAUAUACUAAAAUGUCUACUAAUGAUACUAAAUGACUUGAUUAAAAAAUUAUAUUUUUAUCUGUAU